UCCCGCAAAUAAUACAUAUGCGUAGGCACUCGCUUUGAGAACUGAUUAGGGGAAUUACCGCGCAUUAGGGAAAUUACCGUGCGCUAUUCACUUGUCUAAUAAUUCGCUCUCGUGCCGGCCGGCUGCAAGUGCGCAUCUAUCAGUAUUGUUUUGUUUGGAUUCUAAACGUAUUGUAAGCAUUGAAAGUUAUCAUUUGUGUUUAUGUUGAUGCAAUUAGCCAAAGUUUAACGUUUUAAUUAUUUAAAUUUAAAUAUCUUAUUAGAAUGUCAUAUCAUAUAGACAAAUCCAAGUUAUACCAAAAACUGUUCGAAAGUUUUAAAAAAUCUCAUACUGGGACAAAAGUGCAAAAUGUACAAAAGUUAGUUAACGAAGUUUGGCGAAAUUAUAAAUUACAAGCAAAGACAGAUAAGGAACUAGAUAUUAUUGUAUCUAAGAGAAUCGAAGAAGAAUUGCAAGCGGCGACUAAAAAUAAAUCCAAUCUGCUUCAUUUUUUUUCCAAGGCAACGUCUUCUACCAGUAAACCUGCAGAAAAAACACAAAUUAUACAGCCAUUUUCUAACAUUGAAAAACAGAAAGAAGAUAAAAUUAAAACCGGCAAUGAAUCACAAGAGCAAUGCGAAAAUAAUGAUAAUGCAGAUAAACAAAGAGCAAAACCUUCUCAAGAAGCUUUGAAAAAUAAAAUUACUCUACUCGAAAAAAAUCUGAACGCUUUGUAUUCUGCCAGAGAUACUAUGCCAAAUUGCGCUGAAGUUGAUAAACAGAUCAUUAAGUUGCGCGAGGAACUAAAAACAGCAAAAAAUACUUUAAACAGGAAGAUUCAAAACGUAGUUGCCCAGAAGAAACACAGGGAUGGUAUGAAAAGAAAGUUAGAAGAUAUUUGUCAGGAAAAUCCUGAAAUAAAAAGAAGACUAUCUCUAAGGGAUUCAGUAGGACAUCCUAAACUUGAAAGAGAGUCGCUGCUCGUCGUGCUAAUGAACUGAUGUGCAUUAUUCAAAAUUUAGAGCACCAAGAUGUUGAAUGGCUCGAUGAGAGUGACGUAGACAUUCCAAAAUCGGAUGAAAAUGAGCAGACUCACAACACUGAGCAGCAAUCCAAUGUCAUCGAUAACUUAGAAUCAUGGAUUCAGGUUUCAUGGACUGAAGACUGUUAAUGUGUUCCGAAAAUAUUCUUUAUGUUAGUUAUGUUCUUUAUUAUUCUACAUUUUUUGUCAUUUA